UCUCUCCCACGCUCUUACCGACACUCACACACAUCAUCAACACAUCCCUCCUCACAGGCAUCUUCCCCACUGCGUUCAAGCAGGCUCGGGUAACCCCACUGCUCAAAAAACCUACAUUAAACACUUCUCUUAUAGAAAACUAUAGACCUGUCUCUCUCCUUCCAUUCAUAGCGAAAACACUUGAACGUGUUGUCUUCAACCAGGUCUCAUUGUUUCUUUCACAGAACAACAAACUGGACGCUAAACAGUCAGGUUUCAGGAGUGGCCAUUCAACUGAGACUGCACUUCUCUCGGUCACUGAAGCCCUGCGAAUUGCAAAAGCCCAUUCCAAAUCAUCAGUCCUCAUUCUGCUGGAUCUAUCUGCCGCGUUUGACACUGUCAAUCAUCAGAUACUCCUCUCCACUCUCUCAUCACUGGGCAUCGCUGGAAUUCCACUUCGCUGGUUUGAAUCCUAUCUCACUGAUGAUCCAACGGUAGCUGCAAGGAUCUCAGGUUGCCUGGCAGACAUCUCGGCAUGGAUGAAAGAACAUCACCUCCAGCUCAACCUGGCAAAGACUGAGCUUCUUGUCUUUCCUGCCGCUCCAACUCUACAGCAUGACAUCACGAUCCAGUUAGGUUCAUCAACAAUUACCCCAUCAACUUCGGUCAGAAAUCUUGGUGUAAUCUUUGAUGACCAGCUGACCUUCAAAGACCACAUUGCAAAGACUGCUCGAUCUUGCAGGUUUGCACUACACAACAUCAGAAAGAUCAGGCCCUUUCUGACGGAGCAUGCUGCACAACUUCUUGUCCAGGCCCUUGUCAUUUCUAGGCUGGACUACUGCAAUGCUCUUCUGGCUGGACUUCCAUCAAACACAGUCAAACCUCUACAAAUGAUUCAGAAUGCGGCACGACUGGUCUUCAAGGAACCCAAAAGAGCCCAUGUUACACCUCUCUUUAUCUCAUUGCAUUGGCUACCAAUCGCAGCUCGCAUCAAGUUCAAGACACUGAUGCUUGCUCAUAGAACAACCACAGGCUCAGCACCCGCCUACAUGCACUCACUAUUAAGAAUCUACAUCCCCUCCAGAAAUCUGAGAUCUGCUAGUGAGCGACGCCUCGUGGUACCAUCACAAAGAGGCUCAAAAUCACUCUCCAGAACAUUCUCGUUCACCAUUCCUGGCUGGUGGAAUGAUCUUCCCACCCAUAUUCGGAGUACUGGAUCCCUGUCAAUCUUCAAGCAACAGCUGAAAACUCAUCUCUUUCGACACUACUUGACUUCAACCUACACAUAAAAAAAAAAAAAAAAAAUCUUUCUCCUUACUUAUUCCUUCCCUUGCUAGCUUGUACUUAUUUAAACAAUGCCUGAGACUUGGUGUUACAAGCACUUCCUUUGUCGAAUUGCCUCUUCAAGAUGAAUCGCUUCAUGUGU